CAUUGCUCCAAGGGAUGGGAUGAAGAAAGAGCAGAGUAGAAAUCCAUACCCUUUCUGACUAUAAAAAUAGAGACCUCUCCACAUUGCAAGCCACCACCAACUCCUUCUUGUUCUCUUUGUUGGCUCCUGCGAUCACCGAUGGAUGUUCUGUCAUGGAGCAUAUGCCUGUGCAUGAUACUAGUUAGCGUGCUCCUGAUGGCUGUCGUCGGUCGGCGGCGUAAGCUCAACCUGCCGCCGGGACCGAGGCCGUGGCCCAUCAUCGGCAACCUCAACCUGAUCGGCUCGCUGCCACACCGGUCCCUGCACGCGCUUUCCCAAAAGUAUGGCCCCCUCAUGUACCUCCGCUUCGGCUCCUUCCCCGUCGUCGUCGGUUCCUCCGUGGAGACGGCCAGGUUCUUCCUCAAGACCCACGACAUCUGCUUCGUCUCCCGCCCCAAGACCGCCGCCGGGAAGUACACCACCUACAACUACUCCGACAUCACCUGGUCCCCGUACGGCGCCUACUGGCGGCAGGCGCGCAAGAUGUGCCUCUUGGAGCUGUUCAGCGCCAAGCGGCUGGAGUCGUACGAGUACAUACGGGUGGAGGAGGUGCGCGCGCUCCUCCAGGGCUUGUUCGAGUCCACCGGCGCGCCCGUCCUUCUCAAGGACCACCUCUCCACCGUCAGCCUCAACGUCAUCUGCCGCAUGGUGCUGGGGAAGAAGUACCUGGACCGGUCGGAGGCGGCGGCGAUCGUGUCGCCCGAGGAGUUCAAGCAGAUGCUGGACGAGCUGUUCCUGCUCAACGGGGUCAUGAACAUCGGCGACUCCAUUCCGUGGCUCGACUUCCUGGACCUGCAUGGCUACAUCAGGAGGAUGAAGAAGCUAAGCAAGAGGUUCGAUCGCUUCCUGGAGCACGUGCUGGACGAGCACAACCAGCGGCGGCGGCGCGAGGGGGACGAGUUCGUGGCCAGGGACAUGGUGGACGUGCUCCUGCAGCUCGCUGACGACCCCAACUUGGACGUCAAGCUCGAGAGGCAUGGCGUCAAGGCCUUCACUCAGGAUUUGAUCGCUGGCGGCACCGAGAGCUCCGCCGUGACCGUCGAAUGGGCCAUCUCCGAGCUGCUAAAGCACCCCGAGGUCUUGGAGAAGGCGACGGAGGAGCUGGACCGGGUGGUCGGUCGGGAGCGGUGGGUUGAGGAGAAGGAGGUGCACCGGCUGCCGUACGUGGAGGCCAUCGUCAAGGAGACGAUGAGGAUGCACCCGGUGGCGCCCAUGCUCGUCCCCCGCCUCUCCCGCGAGCACACCACCUUCGACGGCUACGACAUCCCCGCCGGGACGCGCGUGCUGGUAAACGUGUGGACCAUCGGCCGGGACCCCUCGAUCUGGGACGCCCCGGAGGAGUUCCGACCGGAGCGGUUCCUCGGCAGCCCCAUCGACGUGAAGGGGCACGACUUCCAGCUGCUGCCGUUCGGAGCCGGGCGGCGCAUGUGCCCCGGCUACAGCCUCGGCCUCAAGGUGAUCCAGCUGAGCCUGGCCAACCUGCUGCAUGGCUUCAAGUGGCGGCUGCCGCCGGGGACGAAGGCGGAGGACCUGAGCAUGGAGGAGAUCUUUGGGCUGUCGACGACCCGGAAGGUGCCGCUGCAGGCCGUCGCGGAGCCCAAGCUUCCCGCUCAUCUCUAUACCGCCUGACUGCCGCUGUGCCGCAUGGAGCAAGAAAGAUUCGAACUACUUCCUUCAUAGAUUACUAGUUUCAUUGUAGAUGGAAAACGAGAAUGAUAUGUGAGAGCUCAUCACCUACUAUUUCCCCAAUAAAAAGAUUAGAGCUUGUGUGUGAA